AUGAGGUUUUUUCUUCUUAAAAUCGAUGAAAUAGCUAGUGAAUCUGAAUUAAACAUAGAUCAAGACGAUUUUUACUUGAAUGUUCUUGACUGGCCUACUUUUGACAUGCUAGGAUUUGGUUUAGAUUUGAUGGUUCAUUUUUGGAAUUGUGGUGCAAAAUGGAAUAUGAACCUUGCAGUGGGUAUGCUAAAUGGAAGAGUACAAAUUUGGGAUUUAAAAACACUCACGAAAAUUCAUGACAUGAAUGGACAUAUGAAACAAAUUUGUGGAUUAGAAUGGAAUAUUGAAGGAAACCAAUUAGUGAGCAGUAGUAAUCUUAAUGAACUUUUUUUUAUUUGGGAGAAUAGAAAACAUAACCCAAUUUACAGUCUUCAUGAUCACACUGCUGCAAUUCAAGCUUUAUCAUAG